UAUAUAUCUAUUAGCAACAAAUCAACAUGUCAUCGUCUGUCUGUAAGCAUGUUUUUAGUGUGUUGUGCUACUACAGACCGGCAAGGGUAAAACAAUUACUAUGUACUUUAGAUAGACAGCGUUUUACAUUAGUGCCACGAUCAAAACAAUUCUACCACACUCUGCCUAAUAACAACCACCUGUCUGAUAACAGUGAUGGAGGUGAUCUUCAAAAUAACAGUUAUGUACAUCAGAUAGAUGAAAACAAAGAUAUUACAUCUGCAGAAAUUACUUCCACCUAUAUAUCUGAGAAAUACAGAAAUGAAAUUGAGAAGGGUAUUGGAAGAACUCAUGAAGAACAGCAAGAACGAUUUUUACUUCCACCAGACCAACCAGAUGAUGCUAAAAUACUUCGGUUUGGAAUAAUUGGUGUCCCUAAUGCUGGAAAGUCAACACUAGUCAACCAAUUGGUGAACUGGAAGAUGUCAUCAGUAUCUUCAAAGGUUCAUACAACCCGUAAAAAUACUUUGGGUGUUUUGACUGAAAACAACAACCAAAUUGUUUUUGUUGACACUCCUGGACUUGUUACUUCGAAGAGCUUUUCAAAACACAGCCUUGACAGGAAUAUGAUUACUGACCCUGAAAAUUGUAUUCAAGCAGUUGAUAUGAUUGGAAUCAUAGUUGAUGUUUCCAAUAGAUGGUAUUCGCGAGAACUUGGCCAGUCUAUUCUUCAACUUCUGUACUGUAACACACACAUACCAGCUAUACUGAUACUUAACAAGAUUGACAAAGUGGAUAAGAAGAAUCAUCUGUUGGAAAUUACUAGAAUUCUAACAGAAGGAAGAGUUGAUAAUAAAAAAGCUGAUUUCAUUCGAAAGAAUGUGAAAGUUAAUGAAAAGAUACUGAAAGAAAUCUUCCAGAAACAUGGCCUGAAACUGAAGAAGUCAAAUAUUCCUGACCACUAUCACACUCAAACUGAAACUCAGACCUCUCUUGAUAGUGAUUUAGUGAGUGAGUUUCCAGUAAAAAGUUCUGUAGACAUAGAAGAUAAUGUUCAAGCUGAAUCAUGGCAAGACUAUCAUAAGAGAAUGCAAAAUAUUAGGUCAAAAGUGAAAGACAAAAAAGGCUGGCCUAAAUUCAAAAAUGUUUUUAUGAUCUCAGCACUAAAUAAUGAUGGCGUUUCAGACCUAAAGAAUUAUCUUCUGUCCAAUACUCAACCUGGAGACUGGGAGUUCCACAGUAGUUUCAUCACAAACCAAGACCCUGUUUUCUUGGCUAAGAACUUAGUCUGGGAGAAGCUUCUGGAUAUUUUGCCAGAGGAGGUACCAUACAAUGUCAAAAUUAUGAUUGAGUUGUGGGAGCUGGAUGAUAAAGAGACACUCAAUAUCUUUUUCAAUAUUAUUUGUAUCAAGAAAAAGCAUGUACACAUGAUUAUUGGCAAAAAGGGACACAAGAUCAAAGCUUUGAUAGCAGAAGCCCAGCAAUCUUUGAUGGAUGCAUUCCGGAUCAACAUUUUGCUUAAAAUUAAUGUAAAGCUUGUCACCAAAAAAUAAUAAUAAUAAAAUAGUAAUUUUAUAGAAAGUA